AUGACCGGAACCUACACAGCAGCCGUCCUCGAGACCAUCGGGCAGCCUCUGGUCCUGAGGAGCCUGCCUAUCCCCAAGGCGAGAACGGGGUCUGCAAUCAUCAAGGUUCUUGCGACGGCUCUGUCACCCAACAUCAAGGCAGUCCUUGCGGGUGUCUUCGGUCUUGUCACCCCACGUACCCCAGUGGUUCCCGGCUUUUCCACCAUCGGUCGUAUACACAGCGUCGGCCCUGACGCGACGUGUCUGAAACCGGGACAGCUGAUCUGGCACGAUUUCUUUACCCAGUCCAGGGAUAACCCAGACGACAGCAUUCUAGCCGGGUUUAUGGGCGGCAACCAGCAGCUCGAGGAGACAUGGAACAACAACACCUUGGCCGAGUAUGCUGAAGUCCCGCUGGAACGGAUCUGGACGCUUAACGAAGACUUGCUCUGCAAGACCAAGGGGUAUAGCUUUACGGACCUUUCGUACUUGGGAACCGUCGGCAUCCCUCUGGUUGGCCUUCUCGACAUGGGCGUACGGCCUGGAGACAGCGUCAUUGUCGCGCCUGCUACGGGUACCUUUGGUGGCUCUGCCGUGCCCGCGGCCCUCUCACUCGGAGCCAAGGUGAUCGCAUGUGGACGAAACGCGGAGACGUUGGCGCGCAUGACCGACGCGUUCGGUGCGUCCGAUCGUUUCGUGAUAGUGGUGAUGACCGGUAAGGUGAAUGAGGACACGGCCGCGAUUAAAGCAGCCGCUGGGGGCAAGGGCGCCGACUACUACAUCGACUUCAUACCACCACGGGCAGUAGGCACCACACAUAUCUUGUCGUGCUUGGGCGCGCUCCGCAAUAGGGGCCGAGCAUCGUUCAUGGGCGCCAUCUUCGGUAAUAUCGAGAUCCCUUACUUUCUUGUCAUGUUGAAGAACAUCCGGAUCGAGGGUCGCUAUAUGUUUGACCGGGGGCACGGAGAGCAGGCGGUCAAGCUCCUCGAGACUGGACACCUCGUUGUCGGCGAUAGACCGAUGGGCGGGACCAAGAUGCAUGGAUUCAAGCUCAAGAAUAUCCAUCAGGCAAUUGAUGCCGCAGCCGAGUAUUCUGGGUGGGGUAAUAUGGUGGUUCUCGAGCCCUGA